UAAGUUUAAAUCCUCCGUCCUCUGCGCGCGCGCUCCCGGUUACCACAGUACCGCUGAAGAGAGCGGAGUUUUCCUCUCGCUGUGGCCGCUGUCAGACACUCCGUCGUCGGUGAGAGAGGAGCGCAGAGCCCGAGGAGCUAAACCCCGUGGCGCGUACGGGUCAGGCAGAGGUCAGAUCGGCUGAUCAGCAGAAGCACGAGGACGACUACGUUUCCCAGAAGUCUCCUGGUCAGCAUUGGGCAGGACUCAGAGACUGAAGGUCAUGGAGUGUAAGGUCCGACUGCUGGACGGCUCAGACUACACCUGCACCGUGGAGAAAAGAGCGAAAGGUCAGGUGCUGUUCAGUAAGGUUUGUGAUCACCUGAAUCUCCUGGAGGAGGACUAUUUCGGCAUCACGUACCGGGACGCUGAAAACCAGAAGAACUGGCUGGACGUUUCUAAAGAGAUGAAGAAGCAGAUCAGCACUGGUCCCUGGAACUUUGCUUUCAAUGUGAAGUUUUAUCCUCCCGAUCCAUCACAGCUCUCCGAGGACAUCACCAGGUAUUUCCUGUGUCUGCAGCUGAGAGAUGAUGUGGUUUCUGGACGUUUGCCGUGUUCUCUCUCCACUCUCACAGUGUUGGGCUCCUACACGGUUCAGUCGGAGCUGGGAGACUGUGACUCUGAUCUGCAGGGGUCCUCUCAUCUCCGUGACAUGCGUCUGGCCCCGAACCAGACCAAAGAGCUGGAGGAGAAAGUGCUGGAGCUCCACCGCGGAUACAAAGGAAUGAAUCCUGCUGAAGCUGACAUGUUGUUCCUGGAAAACGCAAAGAAACUUUCUAUGUACGGAGUCGACCUGCAUUGUGCCAAGCUGCUCGGGAGGCUGUUUGAGUGUUUAGCAGCGGUGCAGGAGGAGGAUUCAGAGGGUGUGGAGAUCAUGCUGGGAGUUUGUUCCAGCGGCCUCCUCGUCUACAGAGAGAAACUACGCAUCAAUCGCUUCGCCUGGCCCAAAAUACUCAAGAUCUCCUACAAGAGGAACAACUUCUACAUCAAGGUUCGGCCGGGAGAGCUCAAACACUUCGAGAGCACCAUCGGAUUCAAGCUCCCCAAUCACAAAGCAGCAAAGAGACUCUGGAAAGUCUGUGUGGAGCAUCACACCUUCUUCAGGCUGGUUUCUCCUGAAGCUCCUCCCAAGCGCUUCCUGUCCUUGGGCUCAAAGUUCCGCUACAGCGGCCGAACACAAGCGCAGACGCGGCGAGCGAGCGCUCUGAUCACACGAGAAGCGCCACAGUUCCAGCGAUCGGCCAGCAGGAGGCACACCGUCGCACUCAGCAUGAACAGCACGCCAGCGACGGUCACCCGUGACGACGAGAAGAACGACAAACCCGCUGUUGCUACGAAUGACCUCAUCGCCAUGGAAACGCCGGAGAAGAAAGCAGAGGAGAUGAACUCAGUGGAGGAGGAGAAUAAAGUCAACAGUGACGAAUCAGAGCAAGCCCCGCCCCCCUCCGUGACCAAGUCGUGUCCGUACUCAUCGGAUCCGUUGGGAUCUGAGCUCUCUCUCCCGUCUUCUCCCGUCUCGUCCACUAAAGUGCGCAGGAGACGCAGAGAAAGCAGCCGCAAGCGCGCUUCCUCCGUCAGUCCGGCCAAAACCACAGCGGGCUGCCGGCGGCGUCAGGCCCAAGCGGAUCGUAAAGCGGCUCUUCUGGAGGAACGAGCGCUGCUUCUGUCCGCACGCAAGCAGAGACUGGACCAGAGCCGCAGCCGAGGAGGAACGCUCUUCUCCUUCUCUCUGCAUCUCCCCGAUCUGCCCUCGCUGCUGGACGACGACGGUUACCUGAGCUUCCCUGACCUCACCGAGCUGCGCUUCCUGCCCGAGAGCCUGCAUCACUUCAUGCCCAUCAAGUCUCCCUCACUCAUCCCCUGCUUCCUCUUCAUCUUCUUCUUCCUGCUCUCCACCUCGUUCUCCGUGCCGUACGCGCUCACACUCUCCUUCCCACUGGCGCUGUGUCUCUGCUAUCUGGAGCCCAGGGCCGCGUCGCUCGGAUCGUCUCUGACGCAGGGCUUCCAGGACAGUUCCGAUGACGAGGUGUGUUAUAGUUUCAUAAAACGGAUUAAAGGAGAGAAUGUGUUUGUCAAGCACAGUAAUCUCAUGUUGGAGGAGACAGACACGCCCACAGCUCUAGUGCAGCAUCAGCUGAGCGUCAGUGAGAUGAAGAGGUUGUUUCUGCAGAUGCGCUGUGAAGCGUUGGGUGUGAACGAGUGGGACAGAAGACUGUCCUCGUCUCCUCGACCGGAAGACAAGUCUCUGGUCAAACCUGUACACUCACAGGAAAUGUCAGAGGAGGUUAAAGCCGAAUCUGAAGAUGUUCCAGUGCAGCCGGAUCACGCUGCUGAUGGUGUGGAGCAGUCAGAGGAAGCGCUCAAAGACGUUCCUGUGGUUCACACCGAGACCAAGACCAUCACGUACGAGUCUGCUGAGGUGGAUGCCAGCGGAGACUCUGAUCCAGGAGUCCUCAUGAGCGCUCAGACCAUCACAUCAGAGAACAACAGCACCACCAGCACCACACACAUCACCAAGACGGUGAAGGACGGGAUUUCAGAGACUCACAUCGAAAAGAGGAUCGUCAUCACCGGAGACGCAGACAUGGACCACGACCAGGCUCUGGCUCAGGCCAUUAAAGAGGUCAAAGAGCAGCACCCAGACAUGUCGGUCACUAAAGUAGUGGUUCAUAAAGAGAGCGAGAUCUCAGCUGCUGACGGUGACGUGUGAAUCUCGCAGGAAUAAGAUCCAGACUCUUCCUUAAACUCAUCAGCUGUGAACCAACAGGUGACCUCUGACCUCUGACCAGAUCUUCAUCAUCACAUCAUCAGCUUCACCCUUGUCAAACCAAACCCUCGCUGAGAUGCAAACGAAAAAAAAAAGAGGAAAUGGAUUUCCAAAAA